AUGUCAAAUGUCAAUUUGUGCAAAAAACAUUCUUAAAUGACUAUCAUUCAGACAAAUUUAGAGGAAGUUUCAGAUGAUCAGAAGUAUUGUAUUUAAUGCCUAAUAACUGGCAAAAAGAAUUUAAUUUUAAUCGAUAAUGCAUAAGAAUAAUUAAUAAAACAUAAGACAUUGCUUAUCAAUGAAAAAACAGAAGAAGGGUAGAGUAAUCUUGACUAAUUGAAAACACUCAAAGAAAAUCUACUAUUAUUAAAAUAACAGAUUUCUACAUCAAUUGAUAAUUAUAUUGAUUUUAUUUCUUAAUAAAUCAGAAUCUAGCAGGAUUUCUAAACAAAGUCUAUUAAUGAAAUUUAAUGUCUUUAAACAAAAGAUGUUAAUUAAUAUAUAAAAUAAUAUUUGGAUAUCCAAAAAUCUUAAAUUAAUUUUAAAGAAAAUAGAUAGUUCCUUUUAAAAAACUUAAGCCGCAUUUCAAAUGAUUAAAUUUCCGUUAAAAAAUACUAAGAACUUUUAGAAAGAAUCAGAAUUGGAUUUCAGAAUUAUGCAAAUAAAUAAAUAAAUGAAUUAAAGUCUAUGGAUUCUCACAUCUAAAGCUAAUAAAGAAUUAAUCUAACAUGCUAGGAUCAUAUUGGUUCAUAAAUUAUUAUGGUUGAUAUAAAUGAAAAUAAAAAAGCAAAAAGUAGAUUGAAUUGCGUUGAUUGUAUUGCAUAAUAUCCCACAAAUUAUAUUACCAUGAAUUAAUUUGAAUAAAGUCUAUUUACAUUCUAGAUGUAAUUGUUGAAUUAUUAUAAUGAAUAUAAACUCAAAAUUUUUCAUAAAAAAUAAGAAAUUAAUCAACUAAGUUUAGAUUUCAAAUAAAAAUCUAUUAAUUUUCUUAAUUUUAAGAAUUGCCAAAUAGAUAAAAGCACUGAGAUAUUUUAUCAUAGGAUAUCUUAUUAAACUAGAUUAAAAUAAUUUAAUUGGCUUGCAUUAUCAAUAGCAGAAGUUAAUUAAAUCGCAGAAGAUAUUAGUAACUCUAAUUUUAUGACUAAAUAUUAAGAAUUAAUGAGAAUAGAAUUUGAAAACUGGAAGGUAGCAUUCAAUGCAGAAUACUAAGAAUUAUUGAUUAAAAAUAAUGAACUUGAUUAAAUGAUUCAGCAAAUUGAUUAAAAAAGCAAUAAAAUUCCAAAAAAGUAAUAUCGUUAAUUAGAAAUUUCAAAUGGCUAGAUUUAGAUAUAGUUAAUAAUUUAAAGAUAAUAAAAAGAGUAACAAAAUAAUUAAUCAUAUUUUAUAUAUUCUAAAUUAGAUGAACUUUCUAUUUAAUAAAAUGAAUAUUGUUAUGCAAUUGCAAUUAAUUCUGAUUGCUCAUUAAUUGCAACUGGAUCCAAUUCAUUGAUUAGAGUCUUUGCAAUAGAAGGAAAAACAAUCAGAUUAUUGUAAAACUUAGAUGAGCAUAAGAAUGCUAUAUUCACUUUAAAUUUUAUGAAAAUUUCUAAUUCAAUUAUUUCAGGAAGCUGUGAUUAAUCAAUUAAAAUAUGGAAUAGAAAUUAAUAAUCAUAAUGGCAUUGUUAAUAAACACUCCAAGGUCACACAAGUUUUAUAUAUUGUUUGAUAUUGAAUUAAACCUAAGAUUUAAUUAUAUCAGGUAGCGAUGAUAAAACUAUUAAAUUCUGGGCAAAUUAAAAUGGAUGGAAUUAAUCAUAAACAAUAGCAGUUCACACUAGUAAUGUAUCAGGAUUGAGUUUGAAUUGUACAGAAAAGCAAUUAAUUACAUGCGGUGAUGAUAAAUUAAUUUUAAUCAUAGAGAAUUCAGACACAUUUUAAAGCAAAUGGAAUGUAGUAUAACAAAUAAAAUUGGAAUAAUCUGGAUAUAGAUUAUGCUUUAUAAAUGAUAAUAUCUUUGCAUUUUAGCCAAAUUCCUCAACAUUUAUGGAAAUAUAUUAAUCAGAUAAUCAUACUAGAAUGUAUACUAAAAUCAAGAUUGUAGGAGUGGAAAAUGGAAAUAAUUGUAAUUACCUAUUUCCUUAAUAAUUUAUUAAAAAAAAAUAAAUCCUUAUAAACAAAAACGGAAAUAAGAUUAAUUUUUUGCAUGUCUCACCAAACAACGAAAUUAAUCUAGUAUCAUUUUUAGACUUUGGUACUAAAAGUAUUUUUGGUUAAAUUAGUGAAACUGGAGAAUUUCUAGUUACUUGGGAUGACAAGUCUAAAGAAAUACAGAUUAGGAAGUUAAGUUCAUUACAAUGA